AUGUCCCUCGUCUUCCGCCGCGGAAUAGCUUCAAUGGCUUCUUUAAAAAAGGCCUCCAAGGUUGUAUGCAUUGGGCGGAAUUAUGCAGACCACAUUACCGAAUUGAACAGUGCAAAGCCCAAACAACCAUUCUUCUUCCUGAAGCCCGCGUCUGCAAUCCUCCCCCCAGGCGCUGGACCAAUCAUAAGGCCAAGGGGUGUGGAUUUACACUAUGAAGUCGAGCUGGCUUUGAUUCUGGGCAAGCGGGUUAAGGAUCUUGAGGCUGAUGAUGAGAAGGGGGCUUUGGAUGCUAUCGAGAGCUAUGCUCUAAGCAUCGACAUGACUGCCCGCAACGCCCAGAACGAAGCUAAGAAGAAGGGUCUACCAUGGUCUAUUGCAAAGGGCUUUGAUACCUUCCUUCCAGUCAGCGAGAUUAUUGCGAAAUCUGCGAUUCCGGAUCCGCAUAAAGUCGAGCUAUACCUCAAUAUCAAUGGUAAAUCGAGACAGGCGGAUUCGACGGAGUUGAUGCUGUUCCGGAUCCCUAGGAUCUUGAGUGAUAUCUCGAAGGUUAUGACGCUGGAGAAGGGAGAUAUUAUAUUGACUGGGACACCGAAGGGUGUUGGGUCUGUUGUGCCGGGAGAUGUGAUAAAGGCUGGAUUGAAAGUUGGAGGCAAGGAGUUGGAAGAGGCGAAGAUUGACGUGAUGGUUGAGGAGUCCACGAGUACAUAUGAGUUUAAGGAGACAUAG